UCCACGACCACCUGCCAGAUCGGUGUCCGCGUGCCGACGGAGAAGGUGUGGUCGCGGUGAGGGUAACGCUCGUGUGUAUUGGGGCAGUGGUGGUACUGGUAUCCGUAACCAGGGCUGUGUCUGAAACGGGACGACUGUUAGAAUUGACUGCUGCCGAACGGUAAUCAGUGACAGACAGCCACCAUGCCGUGGAAGCCCAUGUAUCGCUCGGACAUCAAGCUGACGGGGAAGACGGUCGUCAUCACCGGUGCCAACACCGGCAUCGGUAAGGAGACGGUCCGUGACCUGUACGUGCGCGGCGCGCACGUCAUCAUGGGCGUGAGGACCGUCUCCAAGGGCGAGGCAGCGCGCUCUGAGAUCGAGUCGGCCGCCGGAGAGACAGGCGGAAAGAUCGAGGUGUUCCAGCUGGACCUCGAGUCGCUCGCCUCGGUCCGCAGUUUCGCAGAGGCCGUGAACGGAGCUGUGGAGAAGAUUGACCUGCUGAUCCUGAACGCCGGUAAAAUGGCGUGCCCGCGCUCUGAAACUCAGGACGGCUUCGAGAGCCAGCUCGGGACCAACCACUUGGGCCACUUCCUGUUGACGGAGUUACUGCUGGAUAAGGUGAAGGCGGCGGCGCCCUCGCGGAUCAUCGUGCUCAGCUCCUUGGCUCAUGAGUCGGGCAAGAUGAACUUUGACGACCUGCAGCUGAAGACCGGCUAUUCGCCGUGGAAGGCGUACGGCCAGAGCAAGCUGGCGAACGUGCUGUUUGCCAGCGAGCUGGGCCGCCGUCUGGAGGGCACCGGGGUGACCACGUACGCCGUGCACCCGGGCUGGGUGCGUACAGAGCUGGACCGGCAUAUGCCGGCCUGGCAGAAGGUGCUGGCGACGCCCGCCCGCGCCGUGGUCUCCAAGUCCCCCGUGCAGGGUGCGCAGACGACGCUCUACUGCGCGCUGGAGCCCAGUCUGGCCGACAAGACGGGCCGCUACUACGCCGACUGUCGCGAGAAGACGCCGUCGAGCCGCGCACGACGCCUCGAAGACGCCAAGCGUCUGUGGCAGCUGAGCGAGGAGCUGGUGGGCCUGAGCAGCCGCUGACGGCAGCUGAGCGGGCGGCACGGCCAGGACCAGACGGAACAGGCUGCCGCCGACCCGCUGCCAGAGGUGCAGUGAGACUGGGGGGAGCUAGGAGUCCAUGGAGCGACUGAUGGAUUAGUGAUGUCUCAGCUGAGCUGAUAGAGUGCAGAGAGAGGAGAGAAACUGCGCUGAUGAGCACCGAUUCUGGAGGAGGAGUGACGAGGCAGCUUUGCCUUCAGCUGCUGGCUGCUGACGGGAAGAAAGUCAACUUUAGGGGAGAUGUGUCGGUUAGGGAUUCUCUCAGCCGCUGCUGAAGGGAAGAAAGAGCCUCCUACUUCGACUCCAAGAGGGGUUAUAGAUCCUAAUGCUGCCCUUAGAUGUUCUAUAAGGGAGGCGGGAGAAGAUAGAGAGAUUUGAGGCUGCGGCUAAGAAUUAAUGCCUGUUGUGUUACUUUGUAUCUUACUACGAUGAAAUCCUUACUGACCAUUCAUGUGUAUUAUCGAUAGCUGGAUGUUCGUGUUUGUAUGACAUAAGUAGGUAUACACCGCUUUGACGGUAGCCGGGUCGGGAGUUGGAGUUUCGCUGGACAGGGUCACAGUUGAUGCGCUCAAUUGUCUCCGAAUUGUGGAUCAAAUGGCUACUCUCCUACGCCAGAUCUGAACUGCCUUCCGUGCUCUCUGUUUCCUAUGACUUAUGAGUGUGGAAGCCUGGAGAUGGUCUAGACAUGACGAUAUAUCUGUAUGAAUCUUGGAGAUGAUAUCGUUGAUCAAGGCGGAUUGUAAUGAUGAUUUGUAUAAUCGUUAAUAAUGUGUGUGAUGUGAUAAGAUCAAAUCAAAUUAUUUAGCCAAUGUGCUCUAUGACACUUCUGAUACUGGAACGGAAUGUUUGACCCAUGACCUAGACUGAUUUCACUCUGACCAAUUAGAAUGUUCUUAAAGUUUCUUAAAUUUUAUGCCGGAAGUGUUAAGUGUGUUUGAUGUUAUUCUUCCGCUGAUAGGUGAGUCAUUUCCUCUCCAAACCGUCGAUUGUUCUGUUAAUGACAUCUUGAAAGCUGCACUGUAUAUGGUGGAAACAAAACAGACUAUUUUCCUAAUGUCGCUGCAUGCUAUGUGGUGUUA